AUGGCGUCUCAAAGCAAUUCUCAAUAUGUCCUCGACGAUGCGCAGCGCCGUACCCUGCAACACCGCCUGCUCCUCGAAGAACAGCAGCGCCGCAUCGAGUCUCGCAAGAUGCUGGAAGCCUCAUACCGCGCUCCGAUCUGCCCCAAUUACAGUGUCUCUGGCCACUCAGGUUGCUGGUAUUGCCACCAGAAUGGCAAUGUCCAGUCAUCAACCUCGACUGACAACCUCUUGAGAAGUCUGGCUCGCUCUCAGUUCCAGGCAAGUCCUUCCCCCGUGCCCACAGCUACUCCUACUUCUAUCAAGACAGAAACGCCAUAUCUUCUCUCUUCGGCUUCGACCACCUCAACCAUUCCUCUGAUGGACGAUGAAAAUCAGGAGCCCUACCGCCAUCUCAUCUCCAGCAAGCCUCACAUGCCCGAUCCUACUCCAAUCAAGUCUGCUGCUGUCGCUCCUCUCCCGGUACUGCCCAAGUCUAGGCCUGCUCCUCCACUUCCUUGGAAAGAACUUCCCCUCGAAAAAGGUUUCGUCAGCGUCUGCAUUCCACCUACCUUCACUCACUUCUUGUAUCUUCCUGUGGAAGUCCGCAAGCGCAUCUACACCUACCUCGUCCACAAUGGCGAGUAUGGCCUUCUAAUGCCAAAAGACACCAGAGCCUAUCACCAAGCCCCCAUCACUCGUGUCAAUCGUCAGAUUCGCAGCGAGUCUGUCGAAAUGGUUUACAAGGUGAAUGCCUACGACGCAAAGAAUCGCGAGCUCAUCAAAUUCGGUCUCCUGUCUUUCAAGGAUCGUGUUGGAGAUUCUCGCUUGAAGCUCAUUCGCAAUUGGACAUGGUACACAGCAAAACGAAAUCUGUGCAUCAACUUCCCUACCGAUGGCGGAGGCUACCCUUACCAGAUCACCUACAAUGGUCCCCAAGGCAACGACGAGAUCAACGCAGUGGCCAAAGAGAGAGCCAACCAAGUUUUCAACUACCUGAAGAAGCAAGGCGCCCUCAAUGGCUUCACAGCUGAGCAUGUGGGCGCCAUCAGCGAUAUUGUCCUUCGCAUCACUCCCAAGGUCAAGGCAAAGACGGAUGGAGAGUCUACCAAGUAG